UAUUUCCCGAUCUAGGUCGACCAAAACGGGAAGAGGAUGUCACUAGAUAAUGUACAAAAUGAUCAAAGAAAGCUCCAACUUUUCAAACUAAGAGGGGAGCUGAGUGAUGUACUAGACAAUAAGAAAAAUGACAUUUUUCAAGAACCUUGUGCACAACUAUGAGUAUGCAACAACUAAACUCAAUGACCCCCGUACCACAGAUUGGUUUCUUAUGUCAACGCCAUGGCCGACCAUUGCCAUAGUAACAGCUUAUUUGAUAUUUGUCUACGGAGGACAAAAAUGGAUGAAGAAUCGUACUGCAUACUCACUGAAGGAUGCUAUGCUGUGCUACAACUUUUGCCUGGUUAUCCUGAAUGCCUACAUAUUUUAUGAGUAUCUUGUAUCUACAUGGUUAAAUCCAAAGUUUUCUAAAUCCUGCCAAGUAAUGGACUACUCCAAUGAAGGCCUUCCACUCAGGCUAGCAAAGGUGUCAUGGUGGUUUUAUUUUUCAAAGAUUAUUGAGUUAAUGGACACAGUAUUUUUUGUCCUGCGUAAGAAGAACAACCAGAUAUCAUUCCUUCAUGUGUACCACCACUCUACGAUGCCUCUGUUAUGGUGGACAGGAGUUAAAUUUGUACCGGGAGGAGAGUCUUACCAGUGUGCCAGUAUCAACAGUUUUAUCCAUGUCCUGAUGUACACCUAUUAUCUACUGUCUGCCAUGGGACCUCAGAUGCAGAAAUUUCUCUGGUGGAAGAGAUAUAUGACAACAUUCCAACUGAUUCAGUUUUGGUGGAUCCUGGGACACACUCUGCAUGCCAUGUACGUAAACUGUGACUUCCCGAUCGGCUUUGGUUUUGCUCUCCUGGCCUACGAUUUCUCCCACAUUGUGUUGUUCUCUCAUUUCUACUACAACACUUACACAAAGAAAGCUCGGGCAAAGAAGGCCGAGACUGACAAAAACUUAACCAAUGGCACUACCGAGAAACAUUCAUCUGAAAACGGAAGCACUACCACAAGACGCAAAUGAAUUGGAGGAUAACUUAAGUGUACAUUAUGCAUUGCUUUGCAUAAAAUUUAGUCCAGACCUUUUAAAUUUCCGUCCAGAAAACAGUAUUUUGAUGCUGGACUCCAUAAACUACAAAUACUUAAAUUUUGAUUGGCAUGAAAUCUUGUUUGAGUUUUUUAUUUGUUGUAUGUUUGUUUUUGAACUAACACAUUUUCAUAGGAACCUCCUACUGUACAUCAAACACACAUCUUUCUUCUGCAUUUCUGACUGCUAAAUUUUUUUGUUUACCAUUGUUCAUUAUUUUUUUGUCUUUUAUAAUAAUAUACCCUUUUGUAAAUAUAGUACUAUAAUACUGCAAUUUUGAUAUGACAUACAUCAUUAUUUAUAACCAUGUUUUUUUAAUGCAUGUACAAGCAAUUUAAGAAUUAAAAAAUGCCAUUAUCUGUAAUUUUAAAUUACACUUACAAUGCAUCUUUGUUACAGUAUUGAUGAAGUCUUUACAAUGACCAUUUAGUUUAGAACCCUUCUUGUUUCCUGAUUUUUGUUUAUUUUCUAUUUAUAUUGAGUCACUGCACAGGGUAGAGAACACAGGCACUUCUACAGAGAUAAAGAAUAUUUUGUCUGUGAUAAAGACCAGCAUAAUAAUUUUGCAAUACAUGUAUAUCUCUUUCUUCCUCCAACAUGUGCCUUUGUUUAAGUUUUCACACUUUUGCUUGUAAUGGAAUCCAUAGAUAAAGUAGGGUUCAGCUGAGCUAAUUCUUGGUACAUCUGAUGAUCAUAGUUUUAAAGUGUUGUUUAUAUUGUACAACUAAUAAAUUUUGAUUUAAAAAUGUAUAUUUACUGAAUGUAGUUUAUCUAUAUUUAUAUUUUCAAUUCUCAAAUAAAUUUUUAAUUUUUA